UGACGUCAUAAUGAUCAUUGUGAUAUUAUAACGUUGUUCUGUUAUAUUAUUUGAUAACUACCUUUUCUUCUUAAGUGAAACAACAACAAAAAACAGUCCAGUAAUUAUUUCUUUUGAAGCAAUAUGGAAGAUAAUCAGAAGGAUUCGCCUGAACCACAAAAUACACUCACAGGGGGAAAUAUAAAUGAGCUAGUAACAGAGGAAGAAAAACGUUCGCAAGAUCACAUAAGAAGUUUUAUCGAGCACCUUCAAGAUCUUACGGGUGAGUUUAUAGCAAAACGCAGAAAAGCUGUUUUGCAAUUUCAAAAUGCUGUUAAGAUCAAGGAAGACUGGAUACAUGAGUAUGUAAUGUGGCAGAGACGGUAUGAUUCAAAUCGUAUUGAACUUGCUGAAUUAGUCACUCCAAAGUCACCCAGGAGACAAAGAUGGCAAGGCCUAUAAACUAUACCUCUUUAUGAGUUGAGUCCGUCCUAAUAAUAACAAAUCUAUGAGACGAUAGACGAUCAAAGAAAAAGAAAAACAAAUACCAAUUUAUUUUAGAAAAUUGUAAAUUGAUAUUAAACUAGAUGUAAAAAGAUAAUGUAUUAAUAAAAAUAGAUAAGAGGU